AGUCAUUUAUUGAAACUAUUACAAGAUUGUCGUGGAUGCGGUGAUUCCAAAAUUCGAACACAUUAAAUAAUAUAAAUUUAAUUAACUUGGAGGUACUGUAAAGAAACUAUCAGCGAAAGUGUAUGACCUUGAAUGUAACAGCUUUUCCUUAUUAAAUGUCGGAAAUGAAUAAUAAAAAAGAAGAGAAAAAGCAAAUUCGUGUGUGGUGUGAUGGAUGCUAUGAUAUGGUCCAUUUUGGUCAUGCAAAUUCCCUAAGACAAGCAAAAGCUUUAGGAGAUGUGUUGAUAGUGGGAGUCCAUACAGAUGAAGAGAUAGCAAAGCAUAAGGGACCUCCAGUAUUCACACAAGAGGAACGCUAUAAAAUGGUCAGAGCUAUAAAAUGGGUAGACCAAGUUGUAGAAGGAGCACCAUAUGUCACUACAUUAGAGACUUUAGAAAAGUACCAGUGUGACUUCUGUGUGCAUGGAGAUGAUAUCACAGUAACAGCUGAUGGGAUUGAUACAUAUCAUAUGGUUAAGAAAGCAGGAAAAUACAGAGAGGUGCUAAGAACAGCAGGUGUUUCUACUACAGAUUUAGUGGGCAGAAUGUUGUUACUCACCAGAGAACAUUUCAAGAGAGGUGACAAAGAAUACUCUGUGGCGUUGGAGCAUUCGUCGAACCUUGGUACGGACUCUACUGCACGGUCACCAUACACGGGUUGCUCACAGUUUCUGCCCACCACUCAGAAAAUUAUACAGUUCAGCAGUGGGCUAUCACCGAAACCCACUGAUAAGGUUGUGUACGUUGCCGGAGCGUUCGAUUUAUUUCACGUCGGACAUUUGGAUUUCUUAGAGCAAGCGCAUGCACAAGGCGACUUUCUUAUCGUGGGUCUGCAUACAGACUUAGAGGUCAACAGAUACAAAGGAUCAAAUUAUCCUAUUAUGAAUCUACACGAACGAGUGCUGUCUGUCCUUGCCUGUAAGUACGUGCACGAAGUGGUGAUAGGCGCUCCGUAUGACGUGACCGCUGAGCUGAUGGACCACUUCAGGGUGAGGGUUGUAUGUCACGGGCUCACUCAGAUAGCGUCCGACAGAGAUGGACACGACCCGUACAAGGUGCCCAAACAGAGGGGAUGCUUCAAGAUAUUAAAUUCGGGCAACACAAUGACAACAGAGGAUAUAGUCCAACGGAUUAUAGCCCACCGGCUUGAAUUUGAAGUGCGAAACUCGCGGAAAGAGCAGAAAGAAAUAGCCAUUACGAAGGUAAUAGAAAAAGAUCACAGCAAACAAAAUGGCGAUCACGUACACGUGAACAAUUCCAAUUAAAGCAAACGUUUUUAUUAAUUUUAACGUUGUAGAUUAAUUUAUCUUUAACAUACAUUUAAAAUAAUAUACAUAUACUUUGCAGUGAUAUUUUGCACUGACUUUAUAUUCAAUUUUACAUGAAGCAGGUUAUUUUUCUGAAAAUGGCCGAUUUAUUUCAUCACAUAUAUGUCUUGGCCAACUGGUUUAUGAGUUGGUUGCGAUGUCAUAUCUUUCUAAAAAUUGAUGUACCUAUUUAAAAUAUUAGUAAACAAAUGCCCAGACUUAAAAAGUUUAAGAUAUCAUAUACGGUUAAACGUUAUUUAUUAAUAUAAUACGAUGCGGUGGUCGCCAACAACCAUAAUAUGGUGGUGUACUAAUAGCACAAUUAUCAUUCGC